UACAUGUUAUGGGUUGGCGGCAAGGAAGUGGUGGGUACUGGUGAGCUCAUAGCUGUUGAAAAUCCAGCAAAAACGGCAAUAUUUGCAGAAUGCCAUUCUGCAUCACCUCAAGAUGUCGAUGACACUGUACAGCUUGCUCAUAAAGCCUUCAAAUCGGGAAUUUGGGCCAAAGCUCCUCGACACACGCGAGCUGAUGUGUUGGAUAAAGCAGCCGACCUUCUCGCUUCGAGGCUUUCUGUGCUAAUCCCCCUGGAGGUGGAACAGACGGGGAGGGCCAUCAGAGAGAUGCAAGCCCAAGUCCCAUCUCUGGUUCGCUGGUUUCGAUACUUUGCUGCCGUGCUUCGCACUGAAGAGCGUCCCGUCCUACCGACCAUGGGCAAGCUGCAUAACUGGAUAGAGCGGGUUCCGCUCGGCGUCGUUGUUCAGAUCACUCCGUUCAACCAUCCUUUGCUCAUCGCAGUCAAAAAACUUGCCCCUGCUCUGGCGGCUGGGAAUAGUGUUGUGCUGAAGCCGAGCGAGCUCACGCCUCUCACGAGUCUGCUACUGGGGCCAAUUUUGAAAGAAGCAGGGCUUCCAGACGGCGUUUUCAACGUUCUGCCCGGCCUUGGAGCUACAACAGGACGCGACCUUGUAAGUCACCCGCUUGUACGGAAAGUCGACAUUACCGGCGGAACAGUUGCCGGAAGAGCAAUCGGUUCAAUUGUCGGCAGCAACCUGGCACGCUACAAUGCAGAGCUAGGCGGAAAGGCGCCUUUGAUCGUGUUCGAAAAAGCGAAUCUUGAAGCUGCAGUCAAUGGCGUCGCAUUCGGGUCAUUCAUCGCGACUGGCCAGACUUGCGUGGCAGCCACUCGGAUCAUCAUUCACAAGAGUAUUCUCGCAACUGUAGAGGAGAAGCUUUCUCAAAAAGCUCAAUCCAUUGCACGACGUAUGGGAUCGCCUACAAACACAAACUCCUCCAUGGGCCCUCUGAUUUCAUCUAAGCAGCUUGGAAAUGUCGUUGGACUCGUUGACGAUGCUGUUGCAAAUGGCGCAAAGGUUGUCUGUGGUGGAAAGAGAAUGGCUGGUAUCUCUGAUCUCGAUGGCACGAAUUUUGCCGAGGGCUACUUUUUCCCACCAACAAUCUUGGCUUCCAGUCCAGAAUGCGAUAUUACCAAGACGAGGAUCUGGCGCGAGGAGGCAUUUGGUCCAGUCAUUCUGCUUGUUGGGUUUGAAAGCGAACAAGAAGCGCUGGAACUCGCCAACGACAGCGAGUUUGGCCUGGGAGCGGCCCUGUGGACCGAUGAUCUGAGCCAAGCUUUCAGGGUAUCUGAGCAGAUUGAGUCUGGCAUUGUUUGGGUGAACACGCACCAUCGGAAUGACCCGAGCAGUCCAUGGGGCGGAGCAACUACCGCAAGUGGCGUGGGAAGUGAAAAUGGAGUCAAAGCAUAUCACGCGUAUACGACGACGAAAAGUAUCAUUAUCAAUUAUGCUGCCGGGGACGAGGCCGCAGCGGACGAUUGGUUUAGAGAAGAUGGGGCUCAGGUUCGCUACGGUUAAGCUACCAUACUUGACUAAAAUGGGAAAUGUCUUCUACCAAAGCAUAAUGGCCCAAGCGAGAAUACAUAACGAUAGGGCUGGCAACAUAAAUAGUAUCUAAAUUGUAGGCACAUAUUAGGAAUAUUGCCUAGUGCUUCCUGUUGCCUAUUUGCGGAAUUUCAGUGGUUCUGC